AUGGCAAGUCAAAACAACUAUCAAAUGGAUACAACUACGAACAGUAAUAAUAACAACAAUAACAAUAGUGGUGGUACCAACAGCAACAACAAUAACAAUAAUAACGGCAACAAUGAUGAAAUGUCACAGCGUAAAGAGAAGAUAAUCAUACAAAAUCAAAUGUUUAUCAAUUUACAACAACAUCAGCAGCAGCAACAACAGCAGAUGACAGAAGUACAACAACAACAGCAGCAACAACAAAAUGUGGUUAAGAGAGCACCAAAAAAAUUAACCCAACCACCGGCCAUUUUUAGUACAACCACCAACUCGGGAAUAACGACUGUCAAUGUCGACAAUAGAGAUGCCACAUCCGCCAACAACAACAGCAGUAAUACCAAUCACAACAACAAUGGCAAUAAUCAAGAUAUUGCCAACUUUAUUGCAAAUUCACCAACUGCCGCCACCUACGUCCAAGCCCAGCUGAAUAAUCUAAAUGGCCUGAAUAUUCAGACCACAACGGAAACCCAACAACAGCAGCAGCAAUCGCAACAACAUCAUCAGCAGCAACAACAGCAUCAACAACAACACCAUUUAACAACGACCAAUGUCCCAACCUCAGUUGCCACUGUUGGUACUCUGCCCAUUGUCACCUACAAUGGCAAUCAGUAUUGUGUCAUCACGCAUACCGGUGAUAUCACGGGUGCAUCCGGGUGCGUCGACAAGCCCGAAUUAUUACAACUUACAACCGAUAAGGAGGGUAAAACCAAUUUCAUCCUAAUGCAACCGACAUCGACUGUAACGACUAGUGCGGGAACAGCAACAACAAUUGGUAUGCAGAAUUGA